UUUAAUUUCAUUAAACAUAUUUCCAGCUGUUAAGUUAUUCUGGGUUCUAUUUUCCAACCAUUUAAAACGAAUCUUAUGGUUGAUUUUCAUUUUUGACGUUGAAUAAUUAAAUAAUAAAAUCUAAUUUUUAGUGAUUUACCAUGAUACAUGACCAGCAUUUCAUUGAUUCUUUUAAUAUUGAACAUGAUCAGUCCUUUCGGAUGCCAGUCCAACACGAAUGGAAUUGCAAGACGACCUGCAUUCGGUGAUCUCAAUGCAGGUUAAACGAAUUGAAAACUCAAUUGUCCAGUAUUACAAAUGACAUACUGAAUUUAUAGCUAUAGGCAUACUUAUAAUUGUAAUCAAGUAUUGUUUGUUUAAAGCAGCAAAAAUUGUUAUUUUUGGUUAAUUCGCCGACAUUAUAUUUAACCAGAUAUUCAAAAUACUUUGUUUCCUUGUUUAUUAUAACUAUAGCUACCUACGAGUACAGAAACAAUGUUGAAAAGUAGUAUAAAACAAUAUUAUACAAUUCAAGUGUUACAUUCUAGCAACUUGUUCCGUAUUACACAAAUAAGCUAAUCGAACGAAACCACUUCGUCACAGAUGGGGAUAGCCGUAAAUAUACAGGUAUCUAAAAUCUUUUCAGCGACAAAUAUUAGGAGAUGAUAUUUCAGAUCAACUAAAUACUUCUUAUGCAUCAGCUUUAUGUCGAAAAAUCGCGUGCAUGUUGCCGUAAUACCUGGUAAAUUUAAAUUUUCAAAAAUGGUAGAUUCCCCUUAUGUUGUUUUGUCCUGCCGAACUUUCACCCCGGUCCCUGUCGUAACUGAAGGGUGGAGAAAAGCUGCCGCUAACGUAUCGGCUCAUUGUCUGACUGAGACUGGACGCGAACCGCAGACAUGGAAGAACCGCGGGAUAUUCAAAACUUCCGAAGAAAUGAAAGAAUCAGAGCAACUGUAUCGUCCUGUUCUUCACUUAAUAUGGAAAUAAAAAGAAAGAAAAUCAGACAGAGCAGUUUGUUUUUACACAAUGAGGAAAGCAAGAUUCAAGAGAAAAUAGACUUUGAAAUACGAAUGCGUGACGGAGCAUACAAGCUGUUGGGGGCCAGCACCAAGAGAGAGCAAAUCUUAAGUGUUUCCAAGAACCUCCUUACAUGUAAUACUCGCAUAAAGGCAUACUUGACUGAGCUACAGAACAAGAAAGAUUUGGAAACCAAGUUCACAAGAAGAUUAUCAGGUCAAGCUUGCAACAAUCGUCUGGCUUGCAAAGGAAAAGUUGCAAUAUCAGGGCUAAGAAUACCGCUGCUGUGGAAAGAUUCAGAUCACUUCAAUAACAAAGGAAGUUCUCGGAAAGUUGCUGUGUUUUGCUUAAUGAAAGUUGAAGCAGAAGUUUUUGACACGGAGAUGGUGAUUGUAGACAGAUCCGUAACAGAUAUAUGUUUUGAAGGCUUAACACUUUUUAAUGAGGCCAGGCCCCAUUUUGACUUGUCUCUGGAGAUUUACAGCUGUAAUAUGGAAGAAGAAAGAUCCUUGAUGAACACACCUAAAAAAUUAGCCAGAAAAUUUCGUACAUCAUUUGGCAAAUCAACGGGGAAAAGAGCAUGCCAUCUGGUGGAAGGCGCUGAUCCUGAAACAUUCCUGCAGUACAACCCAAUACCCCCGGAUGCCAGUUACAGCCUGCUGGCCUACGCCACGCUGCACUUGGAACAGGCAGAAGGCACUUUUCAGUCACACUCGCUGGUAGUCAUGCAGAAUGAGGAAUCCUCCUCCUGGUUGCCUUUGUAUGGAAAUUUGUGCUGCCGAUUAGUCGCGCAGCCGGACUGCAUGACCCAACCAAUGAUGAGCGGCUUCUUGAGUCAGCAGCAAAACAUUGACGGGGCCGUCAGAUGUUGCGACUUCUUCUGCGUGCUUAAAGCCGCUAAUCUAUCUUGCUACUAUACCCCAGAGGAAAUUGAGGCCAAAGUGGAACCUUCACUUGUCAUUCCUGUCAACAAGGAGACCAGGAUACGCAUGGUACCAAAGGAACUGCAGAAAAGGCCCAACCACUUGGUAAUUAUCAACCCAGUUGUUGAAGAAGCUGAGACGUACAUAUUUACAGCAGAGAACAAAGAGGACUUGGAGAAAUGGAUGGAGGCUUUCCAGCAGCACUUCUAUGACCAAGACCAAUGGCGGCACUGUUGUAAUGAACUCUUGGAAAUUGAUAUCGCAUCUCCGAGGAAACCUCCACUCUUCCUGACAAAACCUGCUGAAUCAGUCUACAAUGACCUCAGUAUCAGCUCCCCCAGUAAGUUUGAGAGCUUGACUGAUAUUAUCCACAAUAAAAUCGAGGAAACAGGAGGCCGCUUCCUCAUUGAUCAGGAGAAGGAGACAGAGCCACCUCACUGGGCUGCCCUAUUUGAGGGUUCCUGCCCCAUGGUGGUGCAGAAGACUGUGCUGUCUCCAGGCAAAGAGAGCCAACCCAGUCCCAAAAUCAUCAAGAAGCGCCGUGCCCCACCCCCGCCGCCUGGCAAGGAGCCAUUUGCGCUGGGCCGCUGCAGCAGUCAUCAGUUAGAGAAGGAGAACUCCAAAAAGAAGCCCUGGACACGAACAGGCAGGCCAUCCCUGGAUAACAAAUUCUCUGCUAUCAUCCAGCAGCUGCAGAAGAACCAAGAACCUGCUCGCAAAACAGCCCCCCUUGGUCUUAUAGGUAUAGUGGAGCAGGAUUGUGAGAACCAGAUACCUGACCACCUCUCAAGACCUGUGCCAGCUCCACGCCAGAGACUCAGGUCCUUCAGGGAGAAGAUGAACCACAAAGAUUGGUGACUAACUUAAGAAGCACAAGAACCCUGGCCAUACCUUGGUGAUAGAUCCAGGUAGUUUCAUAUCUGUCCUGCUUUAGCCUUUCUAUUUUAAUGUUUUUUUUGUUGUUGAUCAUGUAAAUGGUGUACAUGAUGAAAAAUCUUCAGAAUUAGUCUGUUAGACCAUACAAUACUACACCGCAGUAUAUUACUAGGGGAUCUAUUUUCUUUAUAGGUAGUUUUGUUGUUUUAUGGUAAAUGUUUACUGUUUAUAGCAUAAACUGAAAUCAUACACAGAUUAAGUAGCAUAUCAUUGCCUUAAGUGUAGACUGUAAACCAAAAAGUUUAGUAAUAAAGGGUUUUGUCACAGAACUGAAACUGCUAAUCUCUUUCCAGUUUAUGUAACAUUUCCUCUGAAAUUCAGAAGCUUUUACACAAAGUAUAUCUUUACUGUCCUAAGAAUUAUUUUUCUCUGGCACUGUGAGUCCGUGGUUUUACAGUGGUGAUGCAGAAUACUUUACAUAUGUACUCAUUACAAAUGAGCUUGUUUACUGGAAAUUAUUGCUUGUUUUUAGCAAGUCUAGUCAUGGUUUAUUAUGGGCACAGAAAGAACAGAAUGUGACAUAGUGGAUGUUUAAAAGCAUUCUGUACAAUUAACUCUUUCUUCAUGUGAACAGACAGCAGUAUACACCUUUUACAAGCCAGUAAUUUAAAUAUGAACAUCUCCAAUAUGAACAUUCCUUCAGUGUGUAUUGCAAAUUUUUGUUUGGAGUGAAAGUGCUUUUCUCAAUGCAUUUUAAUGUUUCUUGGCUAUAAAUAUCAAUAAAAACCAUUGGAGCCCCA